GGGGCGACCUUUGUGCGGGGCGGGUCCCUGGCAACCCCCGGCCUAGACGCGCUGUCACUGAGGAGCCGAGCGCCCUGGAGGAUACGCCAGGACCGACCCGGGUCCCGGCGCCGCCGCCAUGGACAUCCCGCCGCUGGCCGGCAAGAUUGCGGCUCUGUCGCUCGGCGCCCUCCCGGUGUCCUACGUGCUCAACCUCGUCUCAGCGCUCUCGCACCCCCUGUGGGUGGCAUUGAUGAGCGCCUUGAUCCUGGGUCUGCUCUUUGUGGCCAUCUAUGUCUUGUCUGGUGGCGAGAUCUCCUAUGAUCCACUCUAUGCUGUCUUUGCAAUCUUUGCCUUCACCUCCGUGGUGGAUCUCAUCAUCGCUCUCCAGGAAGAUGGCUACGUGGUGGGCUUCAUGGAGUUCUAUACAAAGGAGGGUGAGCCAUACCUGCGCACAUCGCAUGGAAUCUUCAUCUGCUACUGGGAUGGCACGGUUCACUACCUCCUCUACCUGGCCAUGGCAGGUGCCAUCCAUAAAAGAAAGAGAUACCGGAAUCUUGGACUCUACUGGCUGGGUUCCUUCGCCAUGAGCAUCCUGGUGUUCCUCCCAGGAAACAUUCUUGGCAAAUACAGCUCAGAGCUUAGACCUGCCUUCUUCCUUGCCAUCCUCUACCUGCUGGUGCCGUGCUGGGCUGGGAGGAGGGUCUUCAGCCAGUCUCGGGCACCAACCUGCUGUACGCCCAACAUGGUGCAGGAAGAGCAAAGAAAGGGCCUUCUGCAGCGCCCUGCUGACCUGGCCCUCGUCAUAUACCUCUUCCUUGCUGCAUUUUUCACCCUUUUCCGGGGCUUGGUUGUGCUUGACUGCCCCACGGAUGCCUGCUUUGUUUACAUCUACCAGUAUGAGCCAUACCUGCGGGAUCCUGUGGCCUAUCCAAAGGUGCAGAUGCUGAUGUAUAUGUUCUACGUUCUGCCCUUCUACGGCCUGGCCACCUAUGCCCUCACCUUCCCCGGUUGCUCCUGGCUGCCUGACUGGGCCUUGGUGUUUGCUGGAGCCAUUGGCCAGGCACAGUUCUCACACAUGGGCGCUUCCAUGCACCUGCGCACACCCUUCACCUACCGUGUGCCAGAGGAUGCCUGGACCUGCGUCUUCCUGUGCAAUCUACUGUAUGCUCUGGGCCCUCACCUGCUGGCCUACCGCUGCCUGCGCUGGCCAGCCUUCUUCUUGCACCCACCACCCCCAGAUGCCCUGGCUGACAAGAAGCAGCAAUGAGAGGGCUGCAGGGCUCCCCGAGACUCUGUUUACAUGCACAGCCAGCCCUGCCCUGGGAAGGGUGGGUUACCGGUUUUUACCAGCAGGAGACACACCUCUGGGGAUCUUCAGAACUAGCUAUGGUGGUUUCAGGCCAGGGGGUGGGAUGGGAGACUAACAGCCAGGUGUUCUUACAAAGAGAGCCUCACUCAACCACCAAUCACUGUUCUCCCAGAGGAGCCUUCUGCUGUCCCAGAAUUUACC